AUGACACAGAUGCACACGUCAGCGGAUCAGAGCGCCAGGAAUCGUAUCGUUUUUAACCUGCUUGAGUCGCCAGUUCGGGGAGACCCCUCUGUCAUGGACGGCGAAUCCAGAUCGCCUCUCUUCUACCGACACGUGGCUGCAGGAGCGGUUUCAGCCGUGGUGGCGAGCGCCGUCACGUACCCUCUUGAUGUCGCCAAGACCGUCGCACAGGCGGGCGUCGCACAGGCCAGCGUCCCACACGCGAUUGUCGCACAGACAGGCGCCGUGCAGGGCAGUGCGAUCGCGGGGGGAUCAGGGGGAGCAUCGCCUGGUGGAAUGGCAAGAAGCGGAACAGCAGCAGCGUCACGGGCAGCUGCUGCUACCAGCGGUCUCAGCUGGAGAGGUCAAGCCGCAUUCACGGGGUUCUCACCGCAUCUCGCGGGGCAUCUACCAUCUCUAGCAGCCCGCUACACCACCUACCAUCUCGCCGCCGCAUACCAAAUGGAUGGUCUCCCUUCUUGGCUCCCCACCUCCCCGCCUCAAGCAGCAUUAGCAGGAGCCAUAGCCGGGGCGACGGAGUCCCUGCUCUGCACACCAUUCGACCUCCUCAGAACCCGCCUGCUGCUCGCCACUCCCCUGCUGCCACCUGGUUUGGAAGCAGCGAUAGCAGCAGCAGUGGCUUCAGUUGUGUCGCAUCCGUUUGACUGUGCCAAGACGCGCACUCAAGCCACCGUCUUGCCUAAGCACGUGGCUAUGGAGUUAGCGUUGGUGCGCAGGGGGAAGGAUGGGAGGUGGUGGGAGAGACUGUCUGGCUUGCGAUGGUGGGAUAGGAGCUACCACUGGCAAGGCUGGGCCCUGAGGACCAUGCAUCAAUCUAUAGGGGCAUUUCUUCUAGUAGUUCGAGUGGCGAAGCGAGUGGCGAUGGAGGCACUCGAGAAGGUGGUAACGCAGGCGCAGGGCCUGUCGGGCAGCGCAAGCGACCUGGCGCACCUGCUGGAGGUGCUGCGCGGCGCCGAGGACGCGCUCGCGAAGCACGCGCCGCAGCUCGACACGCUGCUCGCGUCGCUCGACCCCGCGCUGCACUCGCUCGCCUUCCUGUUCUUCCUCGAUGCACACGCAGCGCAGGCACCGGGCCAGUUGUGGGAGCAGGUGGUGGGGACGAUCAUCAACUUCAUCAAAGUGGCAUUUCCAACGCAGAUCGCCCUCGCCCCUGAAAAGUUCGCCUCCCUGUGCCAUCGCCUGCGUGACCUGCUCAUCUCCCGCUCCCAGUAUUCCCGAGGCGUCCUGCCGCUACACUGGGCAAUCAGCAAGGUGCAGCAGUGCACCACAGCGGAGCACCUCACCCCGCAACACGUGGACUGCCUGCAGCUGUGCCUGCUCGCCAAGCUCUACCGCCAAGGGGGCGAGCUGCUGCAGGGGGAUAUUCUCGAUAUUGACCCCAAGAAAACGGGGCUGGUGCACCGAGACUUUCUUCUGUACUGCUUCUACGGGGGCACCAUCUAUGUGGGUCUGAAGCAGUAUCAGAAGGCGCUAGACCUCUUCAUGCAUGCCAUCACAUCCCCAGCACAGGUCGUGAAUGCCAUCACAGUGGCGGCAUACAAGAGACAUGUGCUUGUCUCGCUCAUCCUGAACGCCCAGCUGUCACCUCUACCCAAGUUCACUCCAAGCAUCGUACAGAGAGGGCUUAAGGCCUGCUGCCAGGACUACCACGAUCUGGCGAACAUAUACGUGUCGCGCGAUGCAGCAGAGCUCAAGAAGUUUGUCGACUCGCACGAGCAGGCCUUCAAGGCGGACAACAACCUUGGUUUGGCCCAUCAGGUGGUCGCAUCGGUCCCCAAGCGCAGCAUCCAGCGUCUCACUCACACCUACCUCACUCUCUCGCUCUCCGACCUCGCUCAGUCGGUGCACCUCUCCUCACCUGCCGAGGCUGAGAAGUACCUUCUCUCCAUGAUAGCGGACGGGGAGAUGUUUGCGAGGAUAGACCAGCAGGCAGGCAUGGUGAGCUUUGAGGAGGACCCUGAGAAGUACGACUCGCUCGCCAUGGCUGCUGUGGUGGAGGAGCACAUCCAGAGGGCGACUAAGCUGUCCAAGAAGCUGGCGCUGGUGCACGAGCAGAUCUCCUCCGACCGAACAUACCUCACACGGGUGCAUGCACGCGAGCGUAAUAUUCGGUAUGGAGAGCACGAGGACUAUGAGCUUGCACCUCAACGCAUGCACGACUCCAGAGUGUUGUCAUACCAUCCAGGCAGGAUGCUUCCGCGGGGAGCAGCCAUCGUGCCUGUGGCGAUAGUGUCGGUCUGUGCUGUCGCCCUUCUCAUCCUUCAUGGCCAACCUCUCCUCAGCCAUCUCUUGGGUGACGAUGGGCCGAUGAAGAAGCACAUCGAUACUGCGAAGGGUCAUUUGGUGGUCGCGAUGGUCAAAGGAAGGGAGGCUCGCAUCAACUUCCUCUCUCCUGUCUUGCAAAUUCUUGUGGGAGUUACUGCAUUCCUUUCAUCGCUUGUCGCUGCGGACCGUCUUUUCCACUUUUACGUCGCCUUGUACUGGAAGUUCUCCAAGAAACGCCCAGAGGAAGCCUUCGAAGCGAACACCUUGCCAGAUCCAGCUACCUGUCCCGAAGCUUUCCCCAAAGUUGUUGUUCAGAUUCCUAUGUUCAACGAGAAAGAGGUGUGCGAGCAAGUGAUUGACGCAUGUUGCAAGCUGAUAUGGCCGAGAUCGCGCCUGUACAUCCAGAUAUUGGACGAUUCAACCUGCCCCAUUACUCGCAGCAGGGUGGUUAAGAAAGUGGCCGAAAAGGUAGCUCUUGGAAUUCACGUGGAGGAUCGCUGGAGAUCCAAUCGGCAAGGAUAUAAAGCUGGAGCAAUGAUCGAGGCUGAAAAGGCACUUGGAGAUUACGAAUUCACUGCUAUAUUUGAUGCAGACUUCAGCCCAGAGCCGGAAUUCCUUCUGAAGACGAUUCCGUAUCUCAUUGACAAUCCACGGGCUGCGUUUGUCCAAACACGCUGGGUGUUUGCCAAUGCGGACGAGUCCGUCUUGACUCGAGUCCAAGAGAUCUCACUGAAUUAUCACCUGAAGUGCGAACAGUAUGCCAGAUUCGCAACAGGCAACUUCUUCAAUUUUAAUGGAACGGCUGGAGUAUGGAGGCUCUCUGCAAUCAAGGAUGCAGGCGGCUGGAAUAACAGGACAACCGUUGAGGAUAUGGAUCUUUCUCUACGAGCUUACGUUAGAGGCUGGAAGUUUAUAUUCUUGAAUGACGUAACGUGUGUUAACGAGAUUCCAUCAACAUAUGCAGCUUUCAGGCACCAACAGCACCGCUGGAGCUGUGGGCCAAUGCAACUUUGGAGAAAAGCUAUGGAUCAAGUCUGGGAAUCUGAGAUCCCACUUGUUCAAAAGAUUUAUCUGAACUGCUUCUUCUUUGGAACAAGGUUGUUCGCCACCCAUAUUGUGUCCUUUGUGUUCUACUGCACAUUGGUGCCCAUCUGUGUGGUGGCUCCAGAAGUGACAAUCCCGUAUUGGGCUUUGGUUUAUGUGCCCAUCCUGGUUACUAUCUCAACAGUGGCUUUCACUCCAAGGUCGUGGCUGUAUGCUGUACCUUUCGUUCUGUUUGAGAAUGCCAUGAGCAUUGUCAAGUUCUCUGCAAUGGUCUCCGGAAUCUUGGGCCUGUCUACGGCUCAUUCAUGGGUUGUAACCCAGAAGCUUGGGAACUGGGUCCAGACUGAUGCAGCAACUGCAAAGACAGGGCUGGCGAAGUAUUUGGGGAAAGCUGGAGCCAUUCCACAUAGUCUGAGUCUCCCAGUCAUUUCUGAAGGCCUGGUGAAGCAAGGAGCUGAUAAAGCCCAGCCAGGAGCUGAUAAAGCCCAGCCCAAGAAUUCUAAAAGCUCUUGGUUCAACCGCACAAUAUACAAGAGGGAAUUGGGUAUGGCUGCCUUUAUCUUCGGUGCAGGGAUGUACGCGAUCUUUGUGGAAGACCGCUGGGAUUACUCUAUCUUCCUCUUUCUGCAGAGCAUUGCGUUCGCCAUGUUUGGCUUGAACUUUGUGGACAGGACAAAUUGA